AUGGGAGGAGGCGAACACAGAGAGGCCGUUCUGGUCACACUGCCGAUGCAGAAGCCAGACGCGGCAAUCGAGAAACUGCAGAACAAGUUCCCUCAUCUCAAGAUAACCUACCGUAACGUGCCUUGGACAAAAGACCGCGCACAGUUGGAAGAAGCAGUGCCCAGAGAGCUUUGGAGAGAAGCCACUGUGCUGUUGACCUUGUCCGCUCUGCCGCCUAAACCAGAGGAUGCUCCUCUAUUGGGCUUUAUCCAGCUCUUUUCUGCUGGAUCUAACCAGCUUGCCAGCCAUCCCAUCUACACAGAUACAGAUAUCCCUAUUGCCACUGCGUCGGGCGUGCAUGGCCCACAGAUUGCUGAGUGGGUAAUCAUGACCCAUCUGAUCCAAACCCACAAGUACAACCAGCUCUAUGAAGCUCAGAAGGAGCACAGAUGGGCCAAGGGAGGUUAUAGUGUCAAGGACUCUGUCGGCAUGCGUGUCGGAGUGCUCGGCUAUGGAAGUAACAAAUCUACCCAGNGUAUGGAUGUCAUCGCCUUCACAGCAUCACCAAAGGACACGCCAGAGAAGAAGAAGGAUGUCGGCUACAUCGUGCCUGGCACAGGUGACCCCAACGGCGAAAUCCCUUCAGCAUGGUACUCAGGUCUGGACAAGGAGUCCCUGCACGACUUCCUAAAGCAAGACAUUGAUCUCUUACUCAUCUCUGUACCACUCACAAAAGAAACGACCCAUUUCUUGUCGACAGAAGAGUUCGAGGUUCUCAGUCAGGAUGGCAAGAAACCCGCUUUUGUGGCCAAUAUCGCAAGAGGACCUAUUGUCGACCAGCCCGCACUGAUCGAAGCUCUGAAGGAUGGAACUCUUGCAGGAGCUUCUCUAGACGUCACAGACCCUGAGCCUCUCCCCUCUGACAGCGAGCUAUGGGAUCUUGACAAUGUGAUUGUCACACCGCACAUCAGCGGCAAUGGCGAGGCAUACGUCGACCGAGCAUUCCAGAUCCUCGAACUGCAGCUAGAACACAAGCAGAAGGGCGAAAAGUUCAUCAACGUUGUCAACAGGAAGAGAGGAUACUAG